AUGAAUAAGGAAAGUAAAGAAAAUUAUAAAGUAAAUUCUAAAACAAAAAGUUUUGAUAUAGAGUUUUUUACUCCCAAAUCUAAUUUAUCUAUAGAAAGCUUAAAUAGAAAUAUCGCAUUUAAUAAUUUAUUUAACUAUGUUAAUAGAAAUAUUACGAAUUAUAACUCAAAUAAAAAAACUCAUUUAAAAGAUACUGAACAUUAUGAAAAAAAAAGUUAUUAUAAUCUUGAAAAUGAAGAAUAUAAAGAAAAAGAACAAAGUAAAUUAAGUUAUUUAAAGGAGAGUAAAAAAAUAAAAGAGAAAAAUCUAAGAAACAUUGAUACAGAAAAAAUAAAUAAAAAAAGUAGUUACAUUUCAAAGGAUUCUUUUAGAGAAAUAAAUAAGAAAACAUCUAAUACUAAAAGGAAUAAAUACUCCAAAAAAAGAACAUUUUCUGAAUGUACAAGUAUUUUAAAAUUUUUUAAUAAUUUUGAAACGAGUCAAAAGGAAAAAUAUAGUAAUAAUUUGUAUAAUUCUGAUAAAAAUUCAUAUUCAGAAAUAACCACAUACAAUAAAAAGGUUAGAAGCGAACAUUAUGAGAAAAAAAUACCUAACGAAGAAAAAUUUAAAUUAGAAUAUACUUAUAAAAGGAAUGACUACGAAAAAUAUAAUGAUUAUUUAGAAAUAAUAUAUUUAUAUUGCAAAAAAUAUUUUUUAUCAGAGAAAAUGGAAUUUUUUAGCAAUUAUUUAUUCUACAGAGAAGGUAUUCUAAAAAAUUUUAUUUUUUUAAUUGAUUCAUUAUUUUUAAAAAAAAAGUACGUUGAAUUAUUAAACUUAUUAAAGAAAUAUAGGAAUUUGUGGAUAUUUUCAUACAAUAGAAAGCAAUAUAUAAAGAAAAAUAAUUUUUAUAAAAGCAAAAAAAUAAAAAAGAAAAAUAAAUUAAAUAAUAACAAUUGCUUAUGGAGAGAUAACAAUAAUUAUUACAAUAACGAUAAUAGUGAUAUUCUUAAUAUUGGCAUCACUAAAGAAGAUUCAUAUAGAAAUUUAAUAAAAAAAAAUGUAACAAAGACAAAUUAUAAUUAUAGAAAAAAAGAAAAAUACUAUAAAUGUAAAAAUGAAAGAACAAAAAUGGAGAACGUAAAUAGAGAAAUAUUACAUGAUAAAAAAAGAAAAGUAAAUAUUAUGAAUAAAAAAAAAUUUCUAAGAAAGGAGCAUACGAAAUAUGCAAAUAAAACAUGCAAUAAAAUAUAUUGUAUUAGCUAUCUAGCUUUUGUAAAAAUAUUAUCCUUACUCAAAAUGAAAAACCAGAAAUGUCUAAAUAAAUGCUUACAUUUUAUAAGUAGGAUAGAUAAAAAAAUUCUUUUAAAUAAAAAUGCUAAUUAUUUAAUGCAAAUAAUUAUUAAAUUAUAUGAAUUAAAUGGAUUAUAUAACUAUUCAUUAAGAUACUCUAUAUUAUUGUUUUUGAAAUAUCCUAUAUAUCCUCAUAUUAUCCUUAAGUUAUUUAGUUUUUCUAUAUUAUGUUUAAAAGAUGAAAUUCACUUAAUAUUAUUAGCCACUUACCCAAAAAAAAUGAUAUGGCUAAAAUAUUUUCUCUAUUUCAUUUUAUAUUCUGUUAAUCACCAAUUUCAAAAUAAACGAAAUUUUGACAAUGUUUUGUUUUUAAUUGAAAAUGUAAAAAAAAAAAAAAAAAAAUAUAUUAGAAGUUAUGUUUAUGAUGAAUACACAAAUGAAGAUGGAAGAAAAUUAGAGAAAAUUAUUUCAAUGAAAAAUAAUAAAAGUACCAAAAAAAUUAAAAAAAAAGAUAAAGCUUUUAAAAAAAAAAUAGAAGAAGAAUAUAAUGAAGCAAAAAAAAACUUGCAAGAAAAUGAAGAAGGUUAUCUAGGAAUAUCAAAAAUUUUAAAUUGUUCAUAUGAUUAUUUUUUCGAGAGAAAAAAAAAAAAUUCUAGUAUUUGUAUAUAUAAAAAAAUUUUUUUAUAUAAUUCUAUAUAUAAUAAAGUAUCUUUAUAUGACGCUUAUAUAUAUAUUACUAAAAAUAAAUUUUCCAAUUAUUUUCCUAAAUUUUUUUUAUUUUCUAAAUUACAUAUAAUAAUAAAUAUCAAAAGAAGUUUUUAUGAAAAGAAUUAUACGAUGUGCUAUAGUUUAAGUAAAUUAUUAUUAAAUGAUCAUAUAUAUGAAAGUACUGUAAUAACUUUUUUUGUAAAUUCUUCAUAUUUAUUAAACAAGAUUAGCUGCAUAAAGAAAUUAGCAGAUGAAUUAAAAAAAAACAAAAAAUAUAUAUUUUUUUUAUUUAGUAAUGCAGCAUUAUUAUUACAUUUUAAGCAAGUAGAAAGAGCUAUUCAAAUAUAUAAGUAUAUUAUUGAUUCAUAUGAAAAUAUUUUUUCUGAUUUAUAUUUUUUUUCUUUAUUUAAUUUAAUAUAUGCUUUAGAAUUAACCCAAAAAGCUCAUCAAAUAGUUAUUCUUUGUAAAAAUAUGAAUAAGUUAUUUUUCAAUAAUAUCCAUUCAUAUAUAUUACUUUCAUAUUACUAUUAUGUUAAUGAUAUACCUCUUAAAUCAUAUUACUCUCUUAUAAAAGCCUAUAACAUAUAUCAUUAUCAUCCUGAUAUAUAUUAUAUCCUUUCUUUACUAGCAUUAAGAGUUAAAAAGUUUAAAGAAUAUGUUGCUUUCAGUGAAUUAGCUCUUUUUUUCAGUUUAAAAAAAAAAAUAAUUAGAAAUUAUAUUUUUACUUAUAUUUAUAAAAAUCAGCAAAAUUGCAUUCCAAAUUACUUGUUGUAUUAUAAUUUUAAAAUAAUGAAUAACAAUGAGAUGAUAAAAAAUAUAACUUUUAAUAUAGAUAGAUGCCUAUGCUAUUUUUAUUUUGAAAAUUUGAUAAAAUCAUAUGUAACUUUUAAUUUUUGUUCUUAUAAAAGGAAAAACCUUAACUAUCUUAUUCUAGGAGAAAAUUUAUGCAACAUUGCCCUGAAUUUUUUUUACAAUGACUUAAAAUUUCUACACUUUUUACGAUACAUUGAAAAAAUUAAAAAAAAUGAGAAGCAUGUGAAAUUAUCUCUCAAAAAUGUUCCUUAA